UCUUCGACCUGAUCACUCACAAGUAAAUUCACCCUCCGAGACGAGAUUCAAAUCUCUACCAAUCAAUACGAUCUUGACAAUAUUGUUCCAAUCAAAUCGUAUAUUUAUUUUUUUUUUCUAAACUCAAACUUAAAUAUUGUUUAUUAAUUUUAAUAAACAUUUUUUUAUUUUUUUGAAGAAAUUUUUUAAAAUUUGAAUUUAAGAAGAAAUAAACAUACAAAAAUCUAGACAAAAUUAAAGGAUAAAUUAAUUAACUAAAUGUUAAUUAAUAAUUAAUUAAAGAAAUAAAUUUUAUUCUUUGAUAGGUAAUUUAAAAAAAAAACAAGUGUGCACUAUGGGUGGCUAUUUACAAACAAUUAAGUGAAUUUGACAUUUUACAAUUUGGAAAAUUAUUUUAAAUAAGUUUACUAUAUAUCAAGUUUUUGUGUAAUUGAAGAUUAUUCAGAAAGUUGACGAAAAAAUUUUGCGAAAAAAGACAUUUUUUGAGAAAAAAAGAAUGUGUUAGGAUGUUGCCCACUUCGGUAUCGGGAACACCUUUCAGUGUUCGUGACAUUUUAAACGGAGAUCAACAAUUAAAUACAAUGGAGUGUUAUACACCUCAUCAACAAAGUGAAACGCAGACACAUUCGGUGCAUCAAGAUUAUUAUUCAUACAAUAUGAUACCUGAUGGCAAUUGGAACGUUAAUAAAUACAAGGAACAAACAGUUACCAGUUAUCAAAGCUAUCAAGAAAUGAACCAUGUUCAUCAAUUGAGUCAAGUUGUGCCACCAUAUCAUGAAUCACCUGUUGUCGAAGAAGGUAAUGUUGUCACAUCAAGUAGAACUGAAUUACGAAAAAAUCAGUCGGGAAAACGAACGAAAAGAAAACCGCGAGUACUAUUCUCACAAACACAAGUUUACGAGUUGGAACAACGUUUCAAGCAUCAACGUUACCUGAGUGCCCCUGAACGCGAGAUGUUGGCACAAAAUUUAAAAUUAACCAGUACACAAGUGAAAAUAUGGUUUCAAAAUCGACGCUACAAAAAUAAACGUGCACGUCUCGAGGACGCGGAAAAAGUACAAAAUCAAAAAACCAGUCAACCAAUAAAAAAAAUUUCAAUACCAGUACUAAUUAAAGAUGGAAAACCAAAUGUACAAGAUUCAUACAAUCCCUAUUGGUCUAAUUUUCGAACAGACAUAAAUACAAAUAUAAAUCAAACAGAUUUCAAAACAACAAAUGAUAUUCGCUUAAGUCCUGAUUUUCGAUCGAAUUCGAGUGAAAUUAAAAUCGAAAACAGCUUCUCGCCCGAUUAUCGAAUUGACAUGAAUACAGAAAUUGUUAAUCGAUCAAACAUCAAUAUGAAUGUUCAUCAUCGUCAUGUUUUAGGUUCGGAUUACAAUAAAACUAAUUUUUCAUCAACGGAAAUUCGUCCAUCAAUUGAUACGGAUGAAAUGAAAUCGAUAAAAGCAACGGAAUACAAAUCUUAUUUGGCAAGUGAUUUAUAUUCAGAAUCGAGAGCAAUAACUGACGUCAAAUCAAUUGGAAUUGAUAAUCGAACAUUGAUGGAUUCAUCUAACACAGACUAUAACUAUCCAAAUUAUUUUGGACCAUCGAAUUUUCAAAUGCAAUAUGUCAACUACAUGGAUCAGAUAAAUGAUCAAAAUAAUAUUCAAAGACUCUGGUAGAUGUAUAAAUAUGAAAUUAGUGAUAAAAAUCAAAAUGAAAACAAAUUGUGUGAUGUUAUCCGGUACAUAUGCUUUAAAAAAAAAAUAUGCUCAUGUGAAAAGUAAGAUUAUUUUUUAAUAAGAAAAAAACUUUUUUUUUUUAGGAACGAGAUUGAAAAUAAAAUUGAAUACUUUUAUGAUCGAAUGUUUAAUAUUUAAAUGAUUAGAACUAUAUUUGAAUAAAAUUAAAGCAAAAAAAAAAAUUUUUUUUUGAAUAAUCGAAAAUUUUCUUUAAUUUUCAAUCGUUAAUAUUAAAUUUAUUGAAAAGGAAAAUUUGCUUAAGUUAAGAAAAUUUAAUUAAAUAUAAAUUUCAGUUUCCAAAAAUUAUAAAUUAAAAAAUAUUUAUAUUACAAAAAAAUUCGCAAUAUUUCCGAGAUCUCUGUUCGUUUAAUAUAAUGUAUCAAAUAUUAUAUAUAUUUAUUAGAAUAAUUUGGUCGUAAAGAUUUAUUUUAUUUAAUUUCACAUUUCUGCGAGUCUCAUUUUUUUAUUGUUAGAGGGGAGAGGGAGUGAAAGGGGGAUUAUAAAUUAAGUGAUAAAUGAACCAAAAAAGUGAGCCAAAAAAACGACAAAUAAAAUGUUACAACAAAAGAAGCCUUUGUAAAUAGCAAAUCUUUUAUAUAUAUAUAUAUAUACAAUAUAUAUUAUUCAUGUAUUUUGUUUUUGUGAAUAUUGUUAAGCAUUAGAAAUAUAUUACCAAGCAGACCUCAGAAAAAAAAGAUGGUGAAGUUCACAAAGUUAAACUUCACUACAAUAAAAAAAAAAAAAAAAAAAAGAAAAAAAAAGCAGAUGUUGUCUCUUUUCAGGGUUGAUUUAACUUUUUUUUUCUUUUAAGAAAAUUUAAAGUGCGUGGUACAAGAAAAUUUCCAAACGGAAAUUGUGCUUGAGAUCGUAAGUGGCUUUAACGGAAACAGUUACAUUUGAAAUAAAAAGGCCAAAAGGAACACCUGUACUUUAUUUUUGAAAUAAAAAUUCUUUGAAAUAAAAUGAAAAAAAUUGUACAAAUUA